AUGUCGUCUGUUGGAAGCCUCCUUGUAUCCCGAGAAGCGGAACUGGUCUACUCUCGAUCCCCAGCCUACCCCAGGGAGCACUCUCAGACACAUAAGACGAUGGUUCAUUUUCAAAUUGCCCUAUUUCUCGUGGUAUUUGGGGUACUUUUGCCUUUUGCCUACGUCUCCUCUGUUGUUAAAACUCUGGCUGAGGUUGAAGACUCCAACUCGAACUCCUACAUCCGCCUAGAGGACCAUGGCUCGAAUCCUACUUAA